AAUAAAUAAUCUACGAGUGCUGUGAUAGUCCGAAAGACGCACCUCCGCUGAAUAAUACCCAAAAACUGAAAAAUAGUUGCAACAAUUUACCAUCGGCAACAAAUUGUUCCCGAGAUCUGACAACAAUUGAUCUGUUCCACUGUCAGUUCAGAUAAUUAAUCUAAAAUGUCAGCGAAGGCGAUACGCGAGGCAACCGGAAAAGACCUGAUAAACCGUAAACUAGGGAAUGGCACUAAAGCAGCGAAAUGCCGAUUCGUUCAAAUCGACGAAAACACGAAUUGGAACACAGCAAUAGCUGAAAAUCCUUGGUUGAAUACCGAGAAACUCGUGGUAAAGCCAGAUCAGUUGAUCAAACGUCGAGGUAAACUCGGUCUGAUAAAGGUAAACGCAGACUUACCAACUGUUCGACAUUGGAUAAACGAGCGCAUGAAUAAAGAGCAGAAGGUUGAGAAGGCAACGGGAAAGCUGAAGACAUUCAUAAUCGAGCCUUUCGUUCCCCACAAGUCCGAGGAAGAGGCAUACGUCUGCAUCUAUUCCCACCGAACAGCAGACACUAUUUUAUUUCAUCAUCAAGGAGGCGUUGACAUCGGUGAUGUUGAUGCCAAAGCGCUGAAACUAGAUGUGCCUGUUGGAAAAGAACUCCCGGACAAAGCUACGAUAAUCAGUAAACUCUUGCCAAAUGUUGCUGACAACAAGAAGAAUGAUAUUGCUGGGUUCAUUGAAGCUCUCUACAAGCUGUACGCCAGUCUUUACUUCACGUACCUGGAGAUCAAUCCUCUGGUUGUCACGGACUCGUUUAUAUACAUCCUGGACUUGGCUGCUAAACUGGACACGACAGCAGAUUUUAUCUGUCGACCGGAUUGGGGCGAGAUAUCUUAUCCUCCACCAUUUGGACGUGAUGCUUAUCCUGAGGAGGCAUACAUCGCUGAUCUUGAUGCCAAGUCAGGUGCAUCGCUGAAGCUGACGAUUCUCAAUCCAAAGGGGAGGAUCUGGACGAUGGUGGCGGGUGGUGGGGCUUCGGUGAUCUACUCCGAUACUAUUUGCGAUUUGGGGGGAGCUUCUGAGCUUGCUAAUUACGGUGAGUACUCGGGUGCUCCGAGUGAGCAACAGACGUACGAGUAUGCCAAGACAAUUCUGAGUCUGAUGACCAAGGACAAACAUCCAGAGGGAAAGAUUCUGAUAAUCGGCGGUGGAAUCGCUAAUUUCACGAAUGUCGCUGCAACGUUCAAGGGAAUCGUCAAGUCCUUGCAGGAGUUUCAGCCGAAACUCGUGGAACACGAUAUCAGGAUCUUCGUGAGACGGGCUGGACCCAAUUACCAAGAGGGUCUGAGGAUUAUCCGUGAAGUGGGUCGUCGUCUGGCUAUUCCCAUCAAUGUCUUCGGUCCGGAAACCCACAUGACGGCAAUCUGCGCAAUGGCCAUGGGUAAGAAACCGAUUCCCGAUCCUGAGGCACAGGAAUUUUCAACAGCGAACUUCCUUCUACCCUCGGGACAGGAUGUGGGACCCACAUCGCCGCCUCCAACGUCGUACCCACCUCCUAUACAGCAGAAGCCAAAGCCACAGGACUCGACAGACUCAUCCACACAACAGCUGUUCAGCAAGGAGACCCGUUCGAUCAUCUGGGGAAUGCAGACGCGGGCUGUGCAGAGCAUGUUGGACUUUGAUUUUGUCUGUCGGAGAACUGUACCAUCAGUCGCUGCCAUUGUUUAUCCCUUUGUCGGUGAUCACAAGCAGAAGUUCUACUGGGGCCACAAGGAAGUCCUCAUUCCUGUUUACAAAGUGAUGAAGGACGCCAUGGGAAAGCAUCCUGAUGCCGACGUUAUGGUUACCUUCGCUAGCUUGAGAUCUGCCUACGACAGCACUCUCGAAACCCUGCAGUUCCCCCAGAUCAGGACAAUCGCUAUUAUUGCAGAGGGAAUACCCGAGAACAUGACCAGAAAGCUCAUUCUUAUGGCAAAUGAGAAGAACGUCACAAUUAUCGGUCCAGCGACUGUUGGAGGCGUCAAGCCUGGCUGUUUCAAGAUCGGAAACACUGGAGGAAUGAUGGACAACAUUCUCCACAGCAAGCUAUAUCGACCUGGAAGUGUGGCUUAUGUGUCCAGAUCUGGGGGAAUGUCGAAUGAGCUCAACAACAUCAUAUCGAAAGCUUCUAAUGGAGUUCUGGAGGGAGUGGCCAUCGGUGGGGACAGGUACCCAGGAACUACCUUCAUGGAUCACAUUAUGAGGUACCAGAGCAAUCCACAGGCGAAAUUGAUUAUUCUGUUGGGUGAAGUCGGGGGAAUUGAGGAGUACGAGGUGUGCGAGGCACUCAAAUCGGGAAGGAUAACGAAACCUCUGGUUGCCUGGUGCAUCGGCACCUGCGCCAGUAUGUUCAAGUCGGAAGUUCAAUUCGGCCAUGCUGGAUCCAUUGCUCAUAGCAACAUGGAGACAGCUUCAGCGAAGAAUGAGGCACUCAGGAAAGCUGGGGCACAUGUGCCCGAUAGCUUCGAUACUCUUGGUGAUCUCAUUGCUUCGGUUUAUGGAAAACUCGUGGAAAGUGGUAGCAUUGUGCCAGCGCCUGAAGUACCACCACCAACUGUUCCCAUGGAUUACAACUGGGCGAGGGAAUUGGGACUCAUCAGAAAACCCGCGUCCUUCAUGACGUCAAUCUGCGAUGAACGAGGACAGGAACUGCUCUACGCUGGAAUGCCCGUUACUGAGGUUCUCAAGCAAAACGUGGGCAUCGGAGGUGUUGUCUCCCUCCUUUGGUUCCAGCGGUGUCUCCAGCCAACGUACUGCAAAUUCCUGGAGAUGUCCCUCAUGCUGACAGCUGAUCAUGGUCCAGCUGUCUCUGGGGCGCACAACACCAUCGUCUGCGCAAGAGCUGGAAAGGAUCUCGUGAGCUCGCUUGUAUCAGGGCUUCUCACUAUUGGUGAUCGCUUCGGUGGUGCUCUCGAUGGAGCCGCUAGGAUGUUCUCCGAGGCAUACGACGCUGGUCUCCAUCCUCAAGAGUUCGUCAAUAACACGAGGAAAAAGGGAGAGCUCAUCAUGGGCAUCGGCCACAGGGUCAAGAGCAUCAAUAAUCCUGAUAUGAGGGUCAAACUCAUCAAGGAGUACGUCAUGGAGAAUUUCCCGGUGAAGCCACUUGUGGAGUACGCAUUGGAGGUGGAGAAGAUCACAACCAGCAAGAAGCCUAAUCUUAUUCUCAAUGUUGAUGGCAUUGUGGCUACAGCUUUUGUGGAUAUGCUCAGGCACUCUGGAAUGUUCACCAGGGAAGAGGCCCAGGAGUACAUCGAAAUUGGGGCCAUCAACAGCUUGUUCGUACUUGGCAGGAGUAUAGGGUUCAUUGGUCACUAUAUGGAUCAAAAACGAUUGAAGCAAGGGCUCUAUCGUCACCCGUGGGACGAUAUCUCAUACGUUCUCCCUGAGCAGUACAACUGAAAUAAUUGCUGAAUAGAAAACACAAAAUCACUUUCAAUGCAUAAUACGUCCACUCCAAUAACUAACGAGAUCUGCAGUUCUCCAGAGUAAUGGUGAAUCGUUUCUCUCAGAGCACCGAGCAAAAUAGAUAAUUACUUCAUCGAUCGAUUGAAAGACGCGAAUAAAUUGGUUGAAAUCGUUAACUACAAAAUCCUGAAGGUCUAGUUGAACAGAAAAUGAUUAAAUAAUCUCUGGAGGUAUCACAUUCCCUAGUUUGUACGAUAAAUUAGUGGAUAUCAACGACGGCAGCACAAAGUUCAUGCAAUUUAGAGAAUAAUUGAAAAUUAUUUUUCAAGAUUAAUAAA